AACUGCACACUAUUUUCAGAACACAAGUAACAGUGAAUGAUCGCAAAGACCGGGGAAACAAAGACAAAUCUUCUGAUCCGAGAUCAGUGACAGGAAGAGCAAAUAAAGCCCCGCAGGACUUUCCAGGGCUGACCUGAGGUCAGUUCAGCCAGAGAAUAAGGAAGUAAAGAAACAUCGAUGAUGUCAGUGCUGACUGUAACGUUAGCCGACAAGUGCAAAUAGAAUGGCUUGAGAGCUGGAUUCACUUCAGGAGAACGACACAGCCCGCCUUCACAUCACGGACUGAGGAGCUUCAAACACGUCGGACUUUCUACUAAGAUGUCCUUUAUGUAUUUGCACGUGUGUUUUUGUUUAUUCAAUCAUCUUGCUGGAGCCGUACGGGAACCGAACAGACUGAACUCAUAAAAACCGUAAUGUUGGAUAACUCGAAGGUUUACAUCGAGCUCGGAGUCGUCAAGGCAGAGAGCGUUCCCGAGCCCCUGACACGGCAAGCAUCAUCCAGGGAUGAGAGCACGACGGAUCUUACAGACUCUACCGUGACGUGUUACGGCCACCUGACCCUGAAUCCUGACCUGAGACGUUCCAGGAGGUCGCAUGGCGAGGCGUUCGAUCAGAGCAGGUCCUCUGGAAUCACAGCGGAACGGACGGAACCCGUCACUGACGGCAGGAAAUUCAGUUUGGCAACCAUUUCUGGGACUUCCACUGCUGGCACGGAUGUGUUCUCUCAAAGUUCAGACAGCAGAUUUUUAGUGACCCCAGUGAGCGAUGGCAAGAGAUCGGGCGUGAGACCGGCGUGCAACGCGUGCUGCUGUUUCAGAGCGGUGCGCAGGGCGUUUCUGCGCUGUCUGGAGGAGACGCCGAUCAUGGUGUCAGGCUUAGUGCUGAGCAUCCUCUUCUGCGUCACCGUCAUCGUCAUCAUCCCAUCCACAGGCAGAAAGGUCAGUGAUCAUCUGGCAGCGCUGGUUGUUGUGUGUGUGGUGUUGUGCGUCUGUGUGUUUCUGCUCCUCUCGUUGCCGUGUCUGCCGGUGGUCCGGCGGGGCGAGAAGCCGCUGGCGCUCUUCGUCUGGUUCAUGCUGCUCAUCAUCGCUGUCGUCUUCAUCUUCACCGGAGGCGUGAUCACGGCGUGGGAACAGGUUGCUUUCUUUCUCUUUCUCUCAUUGGCUGUUUACACGGUUCUUCCUCUCACGCUCUCGUGGGCUCUUGGUUUCGGCAUUGGAGUGAGUGUUUGUCACAUCAUCAUCAUCAGCGUGUAUGUGUCCGUCACCAGCUCUGACAAACGCGAUCUGGCCGUGCAGUUGGUGGCAAACGCAGUGUUGUUUGUGUGUGUUAACUGUGUUGGCAUCUUUCACCUGUGGCACACUGAAUGUGCCCGCAGAAAAUCCAGCAAGAAGAGAGAAGAUUUCAGCAAAAAUCGCUCAACACAAGCCAAGCAGAAACGUGAUCAGGAGCAUCUCUUGCUCUCGGUGUUACCGCGGUACAUCGCCAUGGAGCUGAAGACAGAAAUCGUCAUGCGUCUGACAGCAAAGGAUGCUGAGGAGAACCGAGCCAAUUUCCACAGUCUUUACAUCAGACAACACAAAGACGUCAGUAUUCUGUACGCUGAUAUCGUGGGCUUCACGCAGCUCUCCAGCACCUGCAAGCCCGAGGAACUGGUCGGCAUUCUCAACAAACUCUUCGGCAGGUUUGACGACACCGCAAAGAAGAACGGGUGCUUGCGUAUUAAGAUUCUGGGUGACUGUUAUUACUGCGUGUCGGGUCUUCCAGACCCCAUCUCUCACCACGCUCGCAACUGUGUUCAGAUGGGUCUGGACAUGUGCACGGCCAUAAAUAAACUGAGGGAAGCCACGGAUGUGAACAUCAACAUGCGAGUUGGCGUUCACACCGGAAACGUUCUCUGCGGCGUCAUCGGUCUUCAGAAAUGGCAGUAUGACGUCUGGUCAGAUGACGUGACUCUAGCCAAUCACAUGGAGUCGGGGGGAGUGCCAGGGAGAGUUCACAUCACUGAAGAGACGCUGGCUCAUCUGGACGGGAAAUAUGCGGUGGAGGACGGAAACGGGGGAAGUCGAGAUUCACGAUUGAUGGGAAGGAAAACAUAUCUAGUGAUUGAUCCAAAUACAGAAAAUUGCUCAAAAACACCAGCAAAGACUAAUGAACUGAAGGUGAACAGCAGACCGAAGCUCAGAGCGUCUGUGAGAAUGUCACAGUAUCUGAAGAACUGGAAAACCGUCAACCCGUUUUCUGAGCUCAACCAAUCAGAUCCCUUGCUCACAGCUCCGCCCACCGCUGAUGGUGUAGUCAGCCAACCGCAGCCCGCCCGAGAGACGGUGCUCACAGACACCACCUCUCACAGGUCUGCCCAAGUCCUGGAAAACGGAGCCAUCGAAACAUUAGACCCUCUGGAAGAUGACGGGAGACGAGAGAAGAUCAACUGCCUCACGCUGCUGUUCAACAGUCUGCAGCUGGAGAAAGAGUAUUCUUUCAGCAAGCUCCGCGGUCUUCAUCAGUCCGUCGGGUGUUUGGCCGUCAUCUUCAUCUCGCUGUUUGUGGUUCAGAUGUUGACCUCAGAAAUAAAUGUUCUUCCUCUGGGGGUGUCAUAUGGAGCGACGUUCCCCGUCCUGAUCCUCAUCCUGCUGGUGGUCUGCACUAAAUUCCUAAAGCGCUGGAACUCGAAGAUUCCUCCCAGCAUGCACUGGGUGUCGUCGCUGUCAGAUGGCGUGGCCACGAGGCCGGCGCUGCGGCUGCUGCUGGUUUUUCUCUGUGUGCUCAUCACUCUUCUCAUGGCAUUUCUCAACAUUAUUUCAAUGCCAGCUAAGUGCUUAAAUAUAUCCCACAAUGCAACAGAACUGAACAAUCUCCGUCUCUACACCUAUCCGUAUUAUGUGUAUUGUUGUCUGUUGGCGAUGUUGUGUGUGAUUGUGUUUGUGCGAGUGUGUGUGUCUGUUAGAGUGUUUCUCUUGACUCUGGCUGUGGUCGUGUACCUCGCGCUCUUCCUUCACGUGUACGCACCGCUAUCAGACUGCUAUAUGAAACAACUCUACACAAACAACAGCACUCCAGGAGUUCUUAAAGAGCCCAAGAUCAUGUCGGGCAUCUGGCUGGUCAUCUUCUACCUCACUUCUCUCAUUCUUGUGCGUCAGGAUGAGUUAGGCAGCAGGACAGAGUUUCUGUUGAAGAAAUGUUUUAAAAGAGAAUCUGAGGAAAUGGAGACGACCAAGAAUGUGAAUAAACUGCUGCUGCAGAAUUUACUGCCGGGUCACAUCACAGAUUUCUUCAUAGGCAAAGACGUCCCCAACCAGGUAACACAACACACAAACAUACACGCAAAUAAACUCAGAACACGGAUUAUGUGUUCUCAUCUGUUAUGUGUGUUGUGUGUGUUUCAGGAUCUGUACGCCAAGUCGUGUGAGUGUGUGUGUGUUCUGUUUGCAUCUGUGCCGCAGUUUUAUAAAGAGUUUUAUAAUGAAAGCAGCGAAAACAACAGCGGACUCGAGUGUCUGCGCUUACUCAACGAGAUCAUUUCAGACUUUGAUGAGCUUCUUAACAAGCCAAAGUUCAGUGCUGUUGAAAAGAUUAAAACCAUUGGCAGCACUUACAUGGCAGCAGCUGGACUGACCAAUCCUGCGAAUGCAGAUGAGCGGCAGGCCAGUGAAUUGUCCUGUAAUCACAUCCGCAGCAUGCUGGACUUUGCUGUUGCUCUGAUGGGACGUCUGGAGAAGAUUAACAUGCACUCCUUUAACAACUUUAAAUUGAGAAUCGGUAUAAACCAUGGUCCAGUGAUUGCAGGGGUCAUUGGCGCACACAAACCUCAAUACGACAUCUGGGGAAACACUGUUAACGUAGCCAGCAGAAUGGACAGCACUGGAGUCCUGGAUAAAAUUCAGGUGACGGAGGAAACAGCACAGGUGGCUCAAACUCAUGGCUAUGGAGUGACUCUGAGAGGAGUGAUCAAUGUGAAGGGAAAAGGAGAGCUGACCACAUACUUCAUCCACACUGACACUUCAGUCCAGAAUCAAACACUUUAGUCACACAAACAUUGCUUUAUCAAAGACUGCAGUCAAGAUAUAGCAAACUUAUAUAUGGACCUGAUGUACAAACAUGGUGUACACGCAAAAUAAGCAUUGAAAUGUGUGAAUGCAAUUUUCCAUGCGCAUAUCAAGAUGUAUAAAAAAUGAACUUAAAGCACUUGACGGUGUUGAUAAAAUCUACGCAAGGUGUAAUACAUGUUUCAUUUGAACAUGAUUCUGACAUUUACUAUAGCGCUUAAACUCAGAUCAUUCAAUUAAAAACAAAAGAGACUAGAUUAACUUGGUCUUGGCACCUGCUUUUUGACUGUAAAGUCAGCGUAGUCAACUCUUCUAAAAUUCCCAAGGUGCUUUAUUUUUAGAGUUUUAAAUUAAUUUAGGAAUUUAAAAUAAAUAUUAUUUUGCUACUUGUGCAUCUAUUUAUUUAUUAAUGUCUGUUCGUAUUUAUGUAUUUAAUAUGUGGCAUUGAAUAUAUGUUGGCAUAUAUAAAAGAUUUGCAUAUAAA